UACAUGAAAUGGUUGCGUAAAUUCUCCUUUGAGCAUUAAGCUAGACCUUUUGUGUCUAUUUACUCCCUUUGCUAUUCGUUGGGUACCUGGGGGCUCUAAAGAAGCUGGUGGACGUGGGCGAUAAUGGCUGAAAAAACGUACCCGAUACUGUCGAGAAGGCAGAUUGAAGGUCUAAUCGCCGAGGGACGACACAUUUUCAUCGCUGACCAAUACGUAUUCAAGGCCGAUGCCUGGCUCCCGUAUCACCCAGGUGGUGACAAGGCAAUCCUGCAUAUGGUUGGUCGAGAUGCUACCGAUGAAGUCACUGCUCUCCAUUCUGCCGAAGCAAGACAGCAAAUGAACCGUUAUCGGAUCGGUCGAAUAGAAGGAAGAUGGACCAACUUCGUUCCCCCUAUCCAAGGUGGUAAAUUCAGACCAUUACUAGGGGGCGACGAUGUUGAGAAGGAGGCUGAAGAAGGAGACGUAAUUUCUACUGUUACUUCGAGCAGCCCGAGUUCCCGGGAACCUUCUCCCGUUUUUGACGGCGCCGACUCCGAGGUUCGAAAACGGCGCGGUGCUGAUGGGGCAGUGCCCAAAUCUUCAUCAACAUCUUCCGUGUCUUCUGUGGAACCUGACGAUGAUGGCAUGUCGUACCUCGAUACUAUUACCAGGGAGAAGACAACUUUGGAUUUGGAGAAAUACCCCUCCCUGGAUUUUGAUACCCAGGAUACCAUCGUGGCCAAAUAUCGCCAUCUUGGCGAGCGGAUCAAAGCCGAAGGUCUCUAUAAGUGUAACUAUGGGGCAUAUGCAAUCGAGUGUACCCGGUAUUCUAUCCUCUUCGCCCUGACCUUCCUCUUUUUACAUUGGAGUUGGUACGUUCCUAGUGCAAUAUGCCUAGGCGCAUUCUGGCAUCAACUUGUUUUUACCGCCCACGACGCCGGUCACAUGGGUAUCACGCAUGGCUUCCACACGGAUACCGUUAUUGGUAUCAUCAUUGCCGAUUUCUUAGGUGGGCUCUCCUUAGGAUGGUGGAAGCGAAACCAUAAUGUGCAUCAUAUUGUUACCAAUGCACCUGAGCACGACCCGGAUAUUGAACAUAUGCCGUUCAUGGCUGUGUCCCACCGAUUCUUCACGUCGAUGCGUUCCACUUUCUACGAUCGUGUAAUGGAGUACGAUGCUGCAGCAAAGCUCAUGCUCAGGAUCCAGCCGUACACUUACUACAUACUUCUCCUUUUCGGACGUCUGAACCUCUACCGCCUAUCCUGGGAUUAUUUACUUGCUCGCAGGGGUCCCAAGAAGGGACCUGCCUGGUGGCAUGGGUGGUUCGAGAUAGUCGGGCAGCUUUGUUUCAUUACUUGGUACUUCUAUGGAGUAGUGUAUAAGUUGAUCCCAAACAACUGGGAUCGAUUCGUCUUCUUCCUGAUCAGCCACAUGGUCCCCAUGCCCGUCCACGCGCAGAUCUGUCUUUCCCACUUCGCAAUGAGCACAUCCGAUAUGGGCCCCCACGAAUCAUUUCCUCAGAAGAUGCUGCGCACGACCAUGGACAUUGACUGCCCUCAGUGGCUGGACUUUUUCCAUGGCGGUCUGCAAUUCCAAGUGAUCCACCACUUGUUCCCCAGGAUUCCGCGCCAUAAUCUCCGCCGCACGCAAAAGCUGGUACAGGAGUUUUGUAACGAUGUCGGUAUCCCGUACGCGCUAUACGGCUUCGUGGAUGGUAAUAAGCAGGUUGUUGGCACGCUAGCCGAGGUGUCGAGGCAAGCAGCCAUCCUUGCUAAGUGUCAGAAGGUCAUCAGCGAGGGGGAUGAUCCAAUUCAUGGACACCCUCAUUAAUAUUCUAGCAUGGUGCUACCCAUCUCUUGUCGUAGCUUUUGAUAAGCUCUGUAAAUAGGUUAGCGGUGUCUUUCUGCAGCGGAAGUCAACCAACGGAAAAUGGAAUAGGGUUGACUCGGU